CUGAACGUGUGUAUUGGAGGGGGCAGUAUUACUAUGAUAGGUUUCACCACGUCUAUCAUCGGUCCUUGUCAAAGCUACAUGAUAUUUCGGAGAUAAUAUAUCUUGCCUUAAGGGACAUCACCACUUUCACAAUCUACACGACAAUUUUCCAUUCAGUAGGACUCGACACUAGCGAUUAGCUUAGUGGGACUUUUAAGUUACUGAUUGAAUUGCUUGUUUAAACUAGAAUUAGCCGUAAAAGGAAAUGACACAACGAAAGAAUAAAGAAAAGACACUUGAGAAAAUCUCUGAAUGGAAAUUGGAUGUAAAUGCUUGGAUUAAAUUUUCUGAUGGCUUUGAGAUGUAGUGGGAGCUAGUAUAGCAUGGAUUCAGCAAAAGAGACAAUAAAUUUGACACUUUUUCGGUCCAUCAGAACAUGUCUAUGCCAUUAAUUCAAAUGAAAUGGACAUAAUGAGGGUGUAAUGUAGACUAUGUAUUUUUAGGGAACGUUUCACAUGAAGAGGAACAGAUAUGAGUUUAAGGCAAAGUGACAAGGGCAGGGUGAAUGGAAGGCUCGGAAAUGAAUUGAAGGAUGUGCUGGAGAAGAAAAUUGAGGACCUGAGUCGACAGUUGACCAAUGAGAGACAACAGCACAGAAAGGAGAGACAACAGGUUGCCAAGUUACAGCGAGAACUCACCCGAGCCAAAAGUGACAGCCAGAAAAUCUUGUCUAAGGAGGCUCCUUUACUGAAGGAAGUGGAGCAGGAGAGAAUGUUAAGGCAUGAAGCGGAAAAAAGGCUGAAAGAUAUGACCACCGAGAGCGAGAAUUGUCAGAUUCGGCUCCAGUCCUUACAGGGCGAGUUCAAAAAGAUGGAGGAAAUGGUGAAAAGUAUGAUGCAGUAUAAGACCAAGAUAGAACAGAUGAAGCAGGAGAAGUCUAGCCUGUCCAUCACGUAUGAGAGCAACCUACAGAAGUAUAGGAAUUACAUCAGUAACCUAGAAAGAGAGAACAUGAUGCUUCUGAAUGAUGUCAAGAGAUUCAAGACCCAGAUGGAUGGUAAGACAGACGAGCGAUCCAAACUCCUCUUGGAGAGGCUUAAGAUGCUGGAGGCGGAGAAUUCCUCCUUAGUUCUAGAGAAUGAACAACAACGGCAACAGUACGAGAAAUGUCUGGACGAAAUCGCCAACCAAGUGGUCCAAGCUUUACUGGCUCAGAAGACCUUGAGAGAGGAAUGCGUAAAACUUCAGAAAAAAGUGAACGAGUUAGAAAAUCAAAACAUGGAGCUCAGCCAUGUGUUUCAACAGAAGAGUCAGUAUUCAUCUCAGGCCCUCAUCAAGUCGUCCAGUCAGAGCAUGUCUAAUUCCACAUUGUGUGAUCAACAAAGUUGUUCCAACAGUGUCACCAGUCUUCCUGCUCAAAUCUCUACUGCCAUCUCACUCACUCAAACUAUGCACCUGUCGCCAAUGUCACAAUAUAUUUUACAAAAUACGGUGGCACAGAAAUGUCUUCAGCACUUCAUUCCUGAAAGCACAGAGUCUCUUCAAAGCAUUUCAUCAGACUUUCCAAUAGAAGAACAGAGACCAAGAUCAGUAUCUACCUCAAGCUGUGUGCCAUCUUCUCACCGUGAGGAUGCUGGGCCUCACACAAAAAUAGAAACGGAAUUCCCCGCCACACCCUCUAGUCCCAAGGUCAAGCACAUCAGUAUUGCUGAGCGAGUCCGAACCAAACGGAGCUCUUCUGUGUCCUCUCUACAAGGUCCAGUCAAACCGACCAGAAUCAACUCUACAAAUGCUCUACAAAAAACAAGACUUUCUCAGCCAGUGCAAUCCAAGAGUAUUACAGACGUUCAUAAUUCUCGAGUGAUGUCCAUUUCUGCUGAUCAGUUGGAUGUGAAUUCCAAAAAGAGUGUGUCUCAGCCAGACAAUAUUAACAGAGUGAACAAACAAACCCUGUCUACCAGGUCUGUCAAAGUACAAUCAAGUAUCCCCUCAGGUAAAGCAGUCCAGAACAAAACAAGUAUUCCAGUAAAACAUGCUUUGAAAUCACAACCAUCUCUACCUCAAAGCUCUAAGGCUGUUGUGAAACCGCUAGUGAAACAGGAAAGAACUUUGAAAGAUUUAGGAACAGUAUCAAAAAUGUCUUCAUCAGAAGCAUUGGAACACUCAAAAGCUCCCAGCAUCUCCAGUGCAAUCAAAGCAGCAUCAAUGCGUCAAGCAUGUUCAGGACAGUUAGAUCAGUCCAGUACAGAUAAAAGGGUAGAUGCCGUUACAGAAAAUCUAGAGCAUCCCGCAAGUGCUUCCUUACUUCCUAAGGCUCAGUACUUUUAUGAAUAUAGUGAUGAAGACAGUGACUUUAACCGUCCAGUGUCGGCAGACUUCAGUACUACGUCCACGGUGUCCCUAAAUGAACUCUUGGAGGACGAAGACACCGACACACUGCUGGAUGAGGAAUUUACUGCUGAAGCUUUCGCUUUCUUCGAUUCUCCAUCUUUUGUGAAUAAACAAUCAUUUGAGGAUUCAAAGAGUCUUUCAUCUAAAGAGAUUCAAAUGAGGAAAGAAAAGUCUUCCAGUUUAGGAAGCAAGCCAGAUAUUGUCAAAGAUACUCUGAACUGCGUUGCAGCCAAAAGUCCACUCAUGAGUCGCAGAAGAUCUAUGCAACAUCCCAGCAAACGCAAGCAUCAAACUCAAAGGCCAAACUCACUUGUCUUAGCAUCAAAAGAAAAACAAUUCAUGUAUCAUGGAUAUAGCUCAUCUAGUCUUAGUAGUACGGAGAGUGAUGAAACCUGGUCUCCAAAAAUGGAGCGUAAAAACAGACCGCAUCACAAACCGAAACGAAAAAGUAGUUCCUCUUCUAAUCGUUCUUCAUAUCAUUCCUCAUCUGUCUCAGAUAAACAAUCACUGAAAUCAUCUCAAGAACUAACUCCGAUCGCCACCGAAGUGCCAAAACUGCCAAAAACCAACUCAGUGUCUUCAGAAAUGUUGCAGAAAUCAGAGGUAAUUAGUGCUUACCAUGCAACAGAUAGCAAUGAAAGUUUAAAUUCUCUUCCUAGAAAAGGACCACCCCCUCCUGUUCCUAAAAAACCAGGUACAGGUAAAAAGUCACCAGGGAUAAGAAUGGGUCUACAGUCUCCAGGUUUUAGGCAAAAUAAACCAGCAGUGGUUCCAGUGAUAUCAAAGGAAAACAUGACUAUGAUACCUAAACCUCAUGAAUUUAAGACAGACAAUUCUAACUCCACUGAAUCACUACAACAACAUCAUGUUAUUACUACUCCAGAAAUAUCAAAACUCAAUCCUAAGUGUGUGCCUUCAUCCGACUCCAGUUUUGAAAGCAAUAAAGGGGACAGGGUGGAGCGAUCAGGGAGUAAAGAUGAUGGGUAUUCCACCAUGUCAAGUGAUAUUCAACCAGAACUACAGGAAAAAUACAAUGAUAGUGCACAAAUAAAUGUGGAUUCAAUAGACCGAAAAGAUACAGUUGUCAAGGACAAAAGUCCUGUGACACCUACUGAGAGCAAUAAAUCCCACAAGUCCAGUACUGGGAGUGAAGGGGACUCUAUGAUUGGACAUGCCAGUGGGAGUGACGAGAUCACAUCCUCCAGUGUUUCCUCCCCUCACUUCUCUGGCACCCCCUCCCCCCAGUCUCCUGCUUAUGGCUCACUCGGAAGAGUGAGAGCUAUGAGGUUAAUGUUUGAGGCAGAGUGUCAGAAAACUAGCGACAGUCCAAAUUCUCGCUUUCCCCUCAGGAAAUCGCCAUCAGUAGACAGUACACUCAGUUCUAAGUGUUCUCACCCUGAGGUUAAUCUGAAGAGGUACUCCCUAGGGGACGAGAGUGCAUUAUUUAACAAUACUCAAUCAAAGCAAGAAGAAGAAAGUGAACAGGUGAAAGUCAAGGUGAAUGUGCCACCCCCACCACCACCAAAGACAUUUGUUUCGGAAGUCAAGUUUGAACCUGUUAUCCCUCCAUCCAAACCUAUACUCAAACCAGUCAUACCUGAAACUCCACCAAGUUUUCAACCUCUUCAUUUGAGUGAAGAGAAUUUCUUGUCUGAUAUUCCAGAGGAGAAAGAUGAGUGUGAAAUGUCGACAGCUUCAAGUGUGAAUCGAUUAGACUGUAGCUUCAAAUAUCAUCAGCCACAUGUCAAACAUCUCGAGUAUUUACACAUGUUUAAAGGGAGAAAGCAUAAAGCCAUGUGGUCCUCUCUUCAAGGUCUUUCAAGAGCUUUGUCUGAUUCAGAUUUGCACAAGUGUACAGGUUCUGCCUCUGAUAAUGACUUGGAUGAAAUUUUGAACAGUGGUAAGGGAGGUAACCUCUCCUUAGAACAUUCAACUUCUCUCAAUGAUCUAAGGAAGGCAAAGGUGAAACACUCUGUCAAAGUUACGCCACCCUUGAGCAGACAUGGUCAAAGGAUGGUGAUAGAUGAGGUCAAGGUUAUUGGACAGGUGCAAGAAAUCAUCAAAGCCCACAUUUAUCAUCAGUUGUCUAUGGAGAGUGAAUCAGAGGAUGACUUCCAGAGUCUCAGCUAUACCCAAAUCUUGGCCAAUAAACAGAAAAAAGAGCAUAGAUACCAACAUCUUUUGAGCCAGAUGCCCCCUUACACAGAUCUCUCUCAAAUCCCAAGCUUGGGUAUUGACAAGCAUCAGAUGCUGUCUGCUGCUCAGUACAGUGAAAGCAUGGUUGUGGAACAGAGGCUUAUAAGGCAGGGGACACCAUCCAGUGAUAGUUCAUGCCAGGAGGUGGAUUCUAAAUUUCGUAGUGACUAUUACAGCUUGUGUAUGGUUGGCUCAAAGGGAAGCUUAUUUAAUGGGAGCAGUGAUGGCGAUCAUGAGCAAUACAAACCAGAGCAAGCCCCGAAGCACACCUGUAAAGAAACCAAGGACAAGAAAAACUGCCAGGCAUGCGUCAGUGCAAGGAACACUCAGGAAUUUGAUGAGAUUUCACGUCAGCUUGCAAGUCUUUCAAAAACCGUUAAUGCCUUACAUAAAAGUCUAACUAGUCUGAAUAGCCAUGAUUCAGACACUGAGUCAAAUGAAGAGCAAGUCCAACUUUUCCCAACAACAGCAGAGAAUUUCCGAGACAAUGAUGGAUACCAGUGGGUGGAAGAUGAGUUCUACUUGACACCUUGUGGAGGAGAAAUUAUCAUGGGUGAAUCUCCUUUCUCGGAAACAGGGGCAUGUGCAGACUGGGUCAAUGAAUAUAUGGAUGACACUUCAUGUAAUGAUGAGUUUGAAUACUAUGGGAAUUUGCCACCUUCUAAUCCAAAUGGGAAGUAUGAUUUUAAGUCCUUGUGUGAAUCUAUCAUGGAGGAUGAGAUAAACCCAGUCACCACUGCAGGAAAUGGGGAGGGAAGAAUUUCAGAGGAGAGAAUUCCAAUCAAAAUAGUGGAGAAACCUACCCAGAGAGUGGAAAACAAGAAGCCAAAGCUUGGGUCAUCAAGUCUGGAUGCCAUGGUUCAUUUGAGUGGAGAGAGCAUGGAGAGCUUGGAUGACAACAUUGGAGUUGAUCAUGUCAUGUGCUCAAGGCUUAUUGGAGAAAAAGGCAAUGGAGCUGUAAGAUGUACUCCAGUAGUAAGACCAGCUGUAGAUCUUUCUCAAUAUUUUUCGCAUUUCGGAGAAAGAGAACAGGAGGCUGUGGCUGCCUUUGAUUUCUUACAUGACAUGUCGCCCUCCCCUGAUAGUCUCCAGAAUAAAAUACAAGUCAAGGUCGCCAAGGAGAGCAAAGAGCCAAACAAAGGAGGAGUCAGCGGUAGUGAAGGGAGAAAAGAUGUACAGAAAAAUCUCAAGGUAGCUGAAAAAGCUACCGAGAAACAAAAACCUGCGCCUGUGAAGGAAAAUGGUACUGUGAAACAGAUACCCACAGGAUCUCCAAAAUCCAUCACCCAAAAGGCCGAUGAUGGGUCCUCUAAGAAAGACACUCCUCCAUCAAAGGCAAUAUCUAAUAAAUCAAAGACACAAACUAAAGUAAAUCCCCAGCCCGGGAGGUUCCGAAUGUUCAGAAAACAGUCUCAGGGAACCGAGGACAAUGAGAAGAAACAGGCUCAGGGAUUGGACAGUGCUAACUCAACAUCGACCAAUGAAAAAAGUGCUAACAAAAUCAAGGAGGACAAGAAAUUACUGUCCAGACUGCCUCGGAAGUUAAUUCCAACGAAAAGCAAAACAACUAAGCCUAAAGUGGAAUCCAAAAUUCCUAAGGCCACUGCGAAAUAAGUACUUGAUAUUUUUUUGUAAAACUGUAAAUAUUAUUUAUUUCAUUUGUCAUUUUUGGAGGAGUUUUUUGGGCACAUUGCAUUAUUUUUGCCCAUUUUAUACAAGCAAUUUUAAAUGAUGUCUUUUUAUAGCCAUGUUUGUACAUUUUAUAAAAGUUAUAUGUAGUGAGGUGUGUAUGUUUCUUUUAAAAAUAUUUAAGAAGAAAUUCAGAGAAUGACUUUAGUAUUUAUAGUUAAGAUGACAUGAAAAUCUCCCACUCUCAUUUACUGUCUCACAUAUGCAGUCUGAUAUAAUGCAAGAUGAAUAUGAUAUUGUAUCUGUAUCACUUUUAGUAGAAAUCAUGUUUUAUUUAUUUAAAUAUUUAUAAUGGUGCUAUUUAUUUUAAAAAGUAAAAGUGGGUGAGGAUUACAUUGAAAUUACAAAAAAAAAAUACUUAUGUAUUUCAGAACUUCGGCAAUAUAACUUAAAAAAAAAGAUAAAUGUCAGUGUGAAAAUGAUGAAUGUUUGAAAAAAAAAAAAGAAAAAUAUCUCGAUACUUUUUAAAAAAAUAUAAGAAGCAUUUGCAAUAUCAUUUGUUUUUAUGUGACUCAUAGAUAAAGGACAAAAGAAUCAUUUUUGGUAUCAGAUUUGGUAUAAAACAGAGCAUGGAUCAGGUGAUACAAGAAGGCCAGAAUUUCACAGUAUUGUCUCAUUUUUAUGAUAACUCAAACUGGAAUAAACUGGUAAAAACUA